CACCGCACUAUCGCAGUACCACAGGUACCAGACGGAUACACCCCUCGUCCCUUCCCUCUCCUAGACAUGUCUGUCAUGGGCAAUUGAGGCUGUCAGCUGUGGCCACCCCCGUGACAGCAUUAGUCCCCUUGGCAAUCCCGCACAGGUACUUCUGCUGAUCUUUCCGCAAGAACGUCUCAGAGAAAUCUGCAUUCUCGAUGUCGUUCUCGCCGAACGACGUGCUGCCUGUAGUAUAGGCCUCAGUGACGAUCGCGUCGCGAAAUGAGGCUCCACGCAGAUUCGCCAGCUCAAGGUUGACCAGCUUCUGUGUGAUGCACAAAUGCACGAACACAUACAGACAGACAGCGGUUCUCCGACAAGAGAGAGCAUAGGUGUGUGUGCUGUGUACCAUAUUGGCUCCAGUGAAGUCGGCAUUAGCGAGGUCUGCGUCGAAGAACGAUGCCCCCAGGAGCUUCGUCUGUGCGAAGUUGCUGUUCCUCACGACGCUUUGCUGGAACGACACACCCGACAGAUCCUGCCCGCUGAAGUCACUCCCCUCCAGAUUCACACCCCUGAGCACACACACACGCACCCAGGUGGACACAUCAGCUAUAGCCAACAGAGAUGCAUUCAGCCGCGUGGCGUUCCGUCCCUUUCCCUCUCCUCACCCACCUGGUGAUAAUGGUGGCCCGGCCCUGGUCAAGUGUCGACGCACCCCCGGCCACGACCUUAGUCUUGCCGCCUGACUGUGAUGGAACGGCAUCAGCCGGCAAGCCUCUCAGUGAGAACAAUCCACCAUUUGCAUAAGAAGCAGCGGUCCGCUGAGCCGGUGCAGCAUCGACACUCCGUUGCUCAGACGGCACAGCGAGACCCGGAGUGUCUAUCUCCGGGGUGACGAACAAGGGAAGCAGAGAGAAGAUAACGAUGGGAAGAACGGACCGUUGCUGCUGCUCGUGGCGGGACCGCUGCUGAUGCUGUUGCCCGUGCGAAUGCAGGCGCUGCGAUUGAGGCGGCUGGGGAGAGGGCAGCCGGAAUGCUGUUGCGAUGGAUAAUGAGAGAUAGAUCAGGAAGAUCAGCACAUGGGAUCGUUGAGAAGCCAUGUCCAUUUCUGUCACAUUCGAGUCG